CAGACAAGAGUGCAGUCGGGGGAGGAGCCUUCAAAGUAUCCAUAGUAUAGAGCUGACAGCUUGUAGUCUGCUCUAGUACCCAAGAGUGUGAAGAAGUGGUGGACAUGUUCACAUUUGUGAGUCCGGAAAACUAGACGAACAGAUGAGUUCUGGACUUUCUGAAGCUUAUAAAAGAGGUUCUGUGGACAGUAAGCAAGAAGAGAGUUACAUCAGUCUACUUUAAACAGAAUAAGUGAGCCGAUGAGAAUUUAGGCUUUAGAAGCACGGGCUUGAAGAGACGCGCAUUGUCUUCCUUGCAUUUUAAGGACAUGCGCACAGCUUUGCCAUUGGCUGCAGACACCAGGAGGCAAGCAUCCAACCCUCACAUAUACUGAGGCCAUCAUCAGCACCUCGUCAAUACCUUACAGUGAAAGGAGGUGAGAGAAAGUAAACUUUAAGCUGUGGGUAGCUUUCAGCUCCUGGUUUUUGUAAAUAUUGUUUGUACAAAUAAGAACUAGAGCCGACAGAGAGAAGACAUUGGACUGGAGGCCAACAGCAACUGUUUUUGACAUUGAAGGCUUCAAACUAUAUUAACAUGGCCUCUUCGGUAAAGAACGAGCUUGAAGUCUUCCAGGCUGAUAACUUUGACAAUAAGAGAACAGAUGGUAACCACGACAACAACCAUGAGAUAGUGUGUGGAGUCGGGCCUUGUCGUCCUUCCUUCAUGCAGCGUUGUGCCAGGGUCGGGUGCUUCACCGCCAUGUACAGCGUUGUGGCUUUGUUCACAUCCACCCUGAACGUCUACAUACAAACACAGAUCAGCACACUGGAGCGACAGUUCGGCCUCAGCAGCUCCAUCAGCGGCAUACUCAUGAGCUCCAACGAGCUGGGUUACCUGCUGACCACUCUGCCCCUCUCUCACCUGGCGAGACGUGUGCACAUCCCGCGCGCCUUCGCCAUCUGCACUCUGCUCUUCGGCCUCUCGGGUCUGCUGUGCACGGUCCCCUUCUUCGUGUCCAGGGACAGCUUCUCAGCCAACAUGCGGGCUCAGAUGCAGUUGAAUACAUCCUGGAGCAAUGUUUCUGUAAGCUACAGCGUCCCUUUGUGUACACACCACAACUCGCAAGCUGUGUCCACGAAGACCAGCAUGUCGAAUGGAAGAGACACAUGUGGAGUGGAGAGUCAGAAGAAAAGAAGGGCCAUUUCCGAAGAUUGGAAGGUCCUGGCUGUCGCCUUCUUGGCAUUAGGGAUGAUUUUGCAAGGCUUUGGCAAGUCUCCUCGUCAGGCAUUUGCCACCCUGUACAUUGAUGACAACGUGCCCAAAACGGAGACCCCGCUUCAUUUUGGAAUCAUAGCAUGUCUCGCUGUUUUCGGACCUGUUAUAGCCUACGUAGUGGGCGGAGUGUCCACCACCAUCUACAUCACACUAGAAGACACUGUCUUAUCUCCCUUUGACCCUCGCUGGGUAGGCGCUUGGUGGCUGGGGUUUCUUGUCUUCGGCAUCGUAAGCAUCGUCAUCAGUGUGCCAUUGGUGUUCUUCCCAAAACGACUUCGACCUCAGCCUCAGCUGGAGGCUCUGAAGAAGCUGAAGAGUGGUAGCAAGGGCAGACAAUGUAUACAGGAAAUUCAAGAAUUCCUGCGAACUGCCGUGCGUCUGGUCAUGACACCCGUGUACGUGUUGGUGGUGCUUGGCAACUGUUGUCUCGUUCUGGGAUUAUCCGGUUUAUUCUCCUUUCUACCCAAGUACAUCGAGACGCAGUUCUCUGUACCCGCCUUGACGGCCAAUUUUUUUGUCGGCCUCGUGAACGCCAUACCGUCAGCGCUCGGGGUGAUCGUUGGGGGGUUGGUGACGUCACGCUUCAAAAUUCCACCAAUGAAAUGCCUCAAAAUCGCAAUGGUCUUGUCUUCAUUAUGCUGUAUCACAUCUUUGACCGGAUUUCUCCUGGGUUGUGACCAGCCAAGCAUUCACAUGGGGACAUCAUCACCAAGUGUCACCAACACGUCACAGCGGUGUCAGUCCAGCUGUCAGUGCGAUGACUCACGUUACUUCCCUACGUGCGGUGCUGACGGGGUCACGUACUUCUCGCCGUGUCACGCGGGAUGCUCCGAGAACACAGGCGUCACCUUCAGGAACUGUUCUUGCAUACUAAAGCCCAGCAACACAUCGCAACUUGUCCCGGAGGCUGUGAGUGGACUGUGUGGCCAGAACUGCAACACCUUGCAUCCAUACAUCGCCUUGAGCUUUUUCUCAAAUCUUUUUGCAUCGUUGCAUAUCAUCCCGAUUUUUAUCGUUUUGAUCAGAAGUGUCACAGAGGCCGAUAAACCACUUUCCGUUGGACUCACCGCAUUUUUGUACACCGUGCUGGGAUUUUUUCCUGGCCCUGUCCUCUUUGGUCGGGUGGUGGACACCACGUGUCUGCUGUGGAGUUCCGGGUGCGCAGGCAGCGGCUCGUGCAUCAUGUACGACCAUCGCAACUUUAGACAUCGUCUCUACGCCACUUUCUUCAUCACGAUGGUCCUCAACCUCACCUUCUUCGUCAUCGCCUUUAUUGUGGCUUCUCGCAUGAAGAAACCUUUCUACGCUCAUUGCGAGGACGAAGCUGCGGCGGAGACCAUGCGACGUGAUGAAGACAAGAGACAGACAGAGAACAUGGCGCCUGAGAAGGUCGAUAGACAGGACGACACUCCGUCUGACUCGGGAAGAAUUUUUUUUACUAAGUAUGAUGAUAACAGUGUAGUAGUUUGUACAUGAUUAGUGUACACACAGACACAAAUAUACAUACACACAGAGCCCAUACAUUUCUCUCUCUAGCAUGCUUAGGCACACAGAUAAAUAAGUGUAUGUGUAUAUGUGUGUGUAUUAGUGCAGUAUGAAGUAUUCCUACGCUUAUUCACACUUCCAAUUGUAUUGCCAUAACUAGAUGCUGAUGUCUUUAAGUAAAGUUCUAAAAAUUAUAGUUUGCUUUUAAGUUUUAGAAAAAUGUUUUUCAUUUGUGAUGUGGGAUUUGUUCAUGUCUGGUUUGUUGAUGAGUGAUUUGUCGAUUUUGUGGUUGUUUGCGUGUUUCGUCAAUUGUCGCUGUACCCUCAUCACUAGGGAUGUCUAGCAAAGCUGUUGUACUGCACUCAAUCUCAAUACAUUAUCCUUUAUCCCAA